CAUGUCGGCUGCUCCAGGCCUUCUGCACCAGGAAUUGUCCUGCCCACUGUGCCUGACGCUGUUUGAUGCGCCAGUGACCGCUGAGUGUGGCCACAGUUUCUGCCGUGCCUGCCUGGCCCGCGUGGCAGGCGACCCUGCCGCCGAUGGCACAGUGCCCUGUCCUUGCUGUCAGGCACCCACGCGGCCGCAGGCGCUCAGCACUAACCUGCAGUUGGCGCGUCUCGUGGAGAGUCUGGCCCAAGUGCCCCAAGGCCACUGCGAGGAACACCUGGAUCCAUUGAGUAUCUACUGUGAGCAGGACCGCACACUUGUGUGUGGUGUGUGUGCUUCGCUCGGUUCACACCGUGGCCACCGUCUUCUGCCUGCCGCUGAGGCCCACGCACGCCUCAAGACGCAGCUUCCGCAACAGAAACUGCAGCUGCAGGAGGCAUGUAUGCGGAAGGAGAAAAGUGUGGCCGUGCUGGAGCAUCAGUUGGUGGAGGUGGAGGAGACAGUGCGUCAUUUCCGGGGAGCUGUCGGGGAGCAGCUGGGGAAGAUGCGGGUGUUCCUGACUGCCCUAGAAAGUUCUUUGGACCGUGAAGCAGAAAGGGUUCGGGGUGAGGCUGGGGUUGCCCUGCGGCGGGAGCUGUCGAGCCUGAAUUCUUACCUGGAGCAGCUGCGGCAGAUGGAGAAGGUGCUGGAGGAGGUGGCUGACAAGCCACAGACAGAGUUCCUUAUGAAAUACUGCCUGGUGACCAGCAGGCUGCAGAAGAUCCUGUCAGAGUCACCACCACCUGCAAGGCUGGAUAUCCAGCUGCCUGUCAUCUCAGAUGACUUCAAAUUCCAGGUGUGGAGGAAGAUGUUCCGGGCUCUGAUGCCAGCGCUGGAGGAACUGACUUUUGACCCCAGCUCCGCGCACCCGAGCCUGGUCGUGUCCCCUUCGGGUCGCCGCGUGGAGUGCUCGGAGCAGAAGGCACCGCCGGCGGGAGAAGAGGCGCGCCAGUUCGACAAGGCGGUGGCGGUGGUGGCUCAGCAGCUGCUGGCCCAGGGCGAGCACUACUGGGAGGUGGAGGUGGGCGACAAGCCGCGCUGGGCCCUGGGCGUGAUGGCGGCCGACGCUCCCCGCCGUGGCCGGCUGCACGCGGUGCCCUCGCAGGGCCUGUGGCUGCUCGGCCUGCGCGAUGGCAAGAUCCUGGAGGCGCACGUGGAGGCCAAGGAGCCGCGGGCGCUGCGCGUGCCCGAGAGGCGCCCGGUGCGCAUCGGCCUCUACCUGAGCUUCGCCGACGGCGUCCUGGCGUUCUACGAUGCGAGCGACGCCGACGCGCUGGCACCCCUCUUUUCCUUCCACGAGCGCCUGCCCGGGCCCGUGUACCCCUUCUUUGACGUGUGCUGGCACGACAAGGGCAAGAACUCGCAGCCGCUGCUGCUCGUGGGGCCUGACAGCGAGCAGGCCUGAGGUCGCCUUUGUAGGCCUGGAGUGGGUGGGGCGGGUUUCUGGGACUGAAGGCUAGGCGGAGGGGUGGUCAGGGAGGGGGUGUUUGUCUCAUAGGGGUCAGAGAAGUACACAGGUUGGGGCGGACAGGGGACCCGAGGGUGAGGGAUUGAGGGAUAGGGUCUGUGAAGAAGCACGAUGAGACAGAUCGGUGAGUUUGGGCCAAGAGUGCCAGCUGAGGUUUAGGGAGGCUGGGGAGAGGGUGGGAUUUGAUGGAGGAUCUAGGGAAGUCUGUGGAACAAUGGUCCCUUCAGCCUCACAACCCACUCCUGAAGGCCACUUCCUCCUCAAGGCUGCGGAUUCCCCUUACCCGACAGGUUUUCAGUUAGUGCUUACAUCUAACUGCCUUUUCUUUUCCUUUUGGUUUUUUUCGAGACAGGAUUUCUCUGUGAAACAGUCCUGGCUGUUCUGAAAUCCACUUUGCAGACCAGGCUGGCCUCGAACUCCCUGAGAUCCGCCUGCCUCUGCCUCCCCAGUGCUGGGAUUAAAGGUG